AUGGACGAGCCUACACAGUCGCAAAUCAAUCACUUGCUUCAGCUGGAGAGCUCGGACGAAUUCGAUCAAGUGCGUCCUCGUAGCGAACAGGGUGGGCUCUUUUGCAUGUAUGUGCCUGAGAGCAGGACUUCUGAAGCCUUGCAGUACGGAUCAGAUGUCGACAUAGUCGCCGUUCACGGUCUAGGGGGUGAUCCCUAUCGGACUUGGCAGCAUGAGAAUGGUUUCAAUUGGCUACAGCGCCUUCACGAGGAGUUGUCUGGUGUCAGAGUUUACACCUUUGGAUAUGAAUCCGGCAUGGCCUUUUCGGGCGGUCUAAAGGGCCUCAACGAUCACGCCAGGUAUCUCCUGUAUCUCAUCAAACGAGCGAGGCCCAGCUAUGCAGAGCAAAAACGAAAGGUUGUGUUCGUGUGCCACGGUAUGGGCGGACUUCUUGUUAAACAAGCACUACUGCUGGCGAAUAAUGAGAGAGGUAUCUUUGGAUCUCUUCAGGAAGCCAUCUGCGGCAUUCUUUUCUUUAGCACUCCACGUGCCGGGGCGAGAACCCAAGACUACGAAGCAGUCUUGUGUCAAAUGGCUGAUGCGAUUGUCUUUCAUACUCCAGCCGAGAAGCUUAUGGAAAAUUUUCGAACAACGUUGCUGGAAUCACUGCGGAACAUUGCUGAGGGUCUUUCCGAAUUGGAAGAUCAAUUUCGUAAAUGUGUCCAGGGCAUCCAUCUUAGUUCCUUCAUCGAAAAAUCCCUCUUACCCGACAUGUCGAAUAUGUUAGUCGACGAAUACAGCGGCCGGUAUGGGAGGCUAAUACCACUGCUUGACCAUGAUCACCGCCAAAUCUGCAAACACCCAUCAUUUGCCAGUCCAGGCAUGGGAAAUAUCUUGAGCGAGCUGAGAGAUAUCGCUCAACAUAAAAGUGCAGCCCUUGCAGGCUCGUGGGUUCCGGCGCUGGUUAUAGAGCCCCAAGAUGAAUCCGCUGCUGUGAAAACGGCCGCAUCACUCCGGAAUGAGGCUUUGUUACGAGCAGCUGCUACUGGAAACAUUAGAGCGCUCGAGCGUUUGAUCGACAAAGGCGCAGAUUUCAACACAAGCAACUCGCAAAGCGAAACAGCAUUACUUCUUGCCUGCCAGUAUGGCUACGCCGACAUAGCGCUACGGCUUCUUGACGCGGGGGCGGACGUAAAUGGAUGUGAUAUACGAGGAAAGUCGCCGUUACAUUUCGCUUCAGGAAGAAGCGACAGCGAGCUGGCGUUGAGGAUUCUCAAUCAAGGUGCCAAUCCGAAUCUUGCGGACAAAAGUAGCUCCACACCACUGCAUUGCGCGGCGGAAUAUGGAAAUGCCGCCAUAGUCAAACACCUCCUCGAUCAUGGCGCAAAUUGCUUCAUCAGAAAUAGCCUGGACGAGUUACCUGCCAGAAUCGCAAGGAAAAGCCAUCAACUCGAGGCCAUGAGGGUGCUACACAGCCAUGCUCAAAACUUGAAUCAGGAAAGUUGCCUUCAAUUGUACCAUUUCGAGCCAUAGUA